AUAUGGGAGUGGUUUCAAGUUCAUUACUAAAGCUUAUAGGCUAAAGUGCUUUGUGGGCUUGGCUAUGACUUAAGUUGCCUUUGGGGAGUCAGCCAAAAACGGGGCUUGCUUUCCUGUGUUUGUGGACUCUCCGGGUGGUCAGUUUCUUUUCCCCUCUCAGCUGUCAGCUGCUCUGGAGAUUGGUUUCAUAGUAAGGAUUCUUUCUUUAAAGCAAUAUGAAGCAACUACUUUCACGGGGGCACCAGCCCCUUUGCUUUUACCCUGUCUCAAGCCAACAUGUCACUGAAAAAUGAGCCAAGAGUAAAUACCUCUGCACUGCAGAAAAUCGCUGCUGACAUGAGUAAUUUGAUAGAAAAUCUGGAUACGCGAGAGCUCCACUUUGAGGGAGAGGAGGUGGACUACGAUGUGUCUCCCAGCGAUCCCAGGAUACAGGAAGUGUAUAUCCCUUUCUCUGCUGUUUAUAAGACUCAAGGAUUUAAGGAGCCUAAUAUACAGACGUAUCUCUCCGGCUGCCCAAUAAAAGUUCAAGUUCUGGAAGUGGAGCGCUUUACGUCUACAAAAAGGGUACCAAGCAUCAAUCUUUACACUAUUGAAUUAACACAUGGGGAAUUUAAAUGGCAAGUGAAGAGGAAGUUCAAGCACUUUCAAGAAUUUCACAGAGAACUGCUCAAGUACAAAGCCUUUAUCCGAAUCCCCAUUCCCACCAGAAGACACACGUUUAGAAGACAAAAUGUCAAAGAAGAGCCUCGAGAGAUGCCAGCUUUGCCCCGCACAUCUGAAAACAUGAUCCAACAAGAAGAACAGUUCUUCAGUAGAAGGAAACAGCUGGAAGAUUACUUGACAAAGUUACUAAAAAUGCCCAUGUAUAGAAACUAUCAUGCAACAACAGAAUUUCUUGAUAUAAGCCAGCUGUCUUUCAUCCAUGAUUUGGGACCAAAGGGCAUAGAAGGUAUGAUAAUGAAAAGAUCCGGAGGACACAGAAUACCAGGCCUGAAUUGCUGUGGCCAGGGAAGAGCCUGCUAUCGGUGGGCAAAAAGGUGGUUGAUAGUAAAAGAUUCCUUUUUAUUGUAUAUGAAACCAGACAAUGGUGCUAUUGCCUUCGUCCUGCUGGUGGAUAAAGAAUUCAGAGUUAAGGUGGGGAGGAAGGAGACAGAGACGAAGUAUGGACUCCGAAUUGAUAAUCUUUCAAGGACUCUGAUUUUAAAAUGCAACAGCUAUAGACAUGCUCGGUGGUGGGGAGGGGCUAUAGAAGAAUUCAUCCAGAAGUAUGGCCCCGACUUUCUCAAAGAUCAUCGAUUUGGAUCAUAUGCUGCUAUCCAAGGGAACACUUUAGCCAAAUGGUAUGUUAAUGCCAAAGGAUAUUUUGAAGAUGUGGCAAAUGCAAUGGAAGAGGCAAAAGAAGAAAUAUUUAUCACAGAUUGGUGGUUGAGUCCAGAAAUCUUCCUGAAACGUCCGGUGGUUGAAGGAAAUCGUUGGAGGUUGGACUGCAUUCUUAAGCGAAAAGCACAACAGGGGGUAAGAAUCUUCAUUAUGCUCUACAAAGAGGUGGAACUUGCCCUUGGAAUCAAUAGUGAAUACAGCAAGAGGACCCUGAUGCGUCUACACCCCAACAUAAAGGUGAUGAGGCACCCGGAUCAUGUGUCGUCCAGCGUAUACCUGUGGGCUCAUCAUGAGAAACUCGUCAUCAUCGACCAGUCGGUGGCCUUUGUGGGUGGGAUUGACCUGGCUUACGGGAGGUGGGAUGACGACGAACACAGACUCACGGAUGUGGGCAGCGUGAAGCGCGUCGUCGGGGGACCAUCCCUGGGUUCCCUCACAGCUGAAACAACAGAGUCUAUGGAAUCCUUAUGCCUCAGAGAUAAAAAUGAAUCUGAUAAAGAUCUGCCCAUCCUGAACCCUCCUGAUGAUGCAAAUUCAAAACCGAAAGGAAGAAAGCCCAGCAAGUUCUCCAAAUUCAGUCUCUACAGGCAGCUGCACAGACACCAUCUGCACGACACAGACAGCAUCAGCAGCCUUGACAGCGCCUCCAGUUAUUGUAAUCACUGUAGGAGUCGUCAGAAUUUAAUCCAUGGUUUAAAGCCCCACUUGAAACUCUUUCGCUCUUCCAGUGAGUCUGAGCAGGGGCUUACUAGACCUAACAUUGACACAGCCUCCCUCCGAAGUGUACAGACACGUGUGGGAGAGCUACAUGGGGAAACCCGAUUCUGGCAUGGAAAGGACUACUGCAAUUUCGUCUUCAAAGACUGGGUUCAACUCGAUAAACCUUUUGCUGAUUUCAUUGACAGGCACUCUACCCCCCGGAUGCCAUGGCAUGACAUAGCCUCUGCAGUCCACGGGAAGGCAGCUCGUGAUGUGGCCCGUCACUUCAUCCAGCGCUGGAACUUCACGAAGAUUAUGAAACCAAAAUAUCGGUGCCUUUCUUAUCCUUUUCUGCUUCCAAAAUCUCAAACAACAGCCCACGAGUUGAAAUACCAAGUGCCUGGGUCUGUUCAUGCUAACGUACAGUUACUCCGCUCUGCUGCUGACUGGUCUGCUGGUAUCAAGUACCAUGAAGAAUCCAUCCAUGCUGCUUACGUCUAUGUGAUAGAGAACAGCAAGCACUAUAUCUAUAUAGAAAACCAGUUUUUCAUAAGCUGCUCUGAUGACAGAGUUGUGUUCAACAAGAUUGGUGAUGCCAUUGCUCAGAGGAUACUUAAAGCUCACAGGGGAAGCCAGAGAUACCGGGUGUAUGUUGUGAUACCACUUCUGCCAGGUUUUGAAGGAGACAUUUCAACCGGUGGAGGAAAUGCUCUACAGGCAAUAAUGCACUUCAACUACAGAACCAUGUGCAGAGGAGAAAAUUCCAUCCUUGGACAAUUAAAAGCAGAGAUUGGCAAUCAGUGGAUAAAUUAUAUAUCCUUCUGUGGUCUUAGAACACACGCAGAGCUUGAAGGAAACCUAGUCACUGAGCUUGUCUAUGUCCACAGCAAGUUGCUAAUUGCUGAUGACAACACUGUUAUUAUUGGCUCUGCCAACAUAAAUGACCGAAGCAUGCUGGGAAAGCGAGACAGUGAAAUGGCUGUCAUUGUGCAGGACACGGAGACAGUCCCUUCAGUAAUGGAUGGAAAAGAGUACCAAGCUGGUCGAUUUGCCCAAGGACUUCGGCUUCAAUGCUUUCGGGUUGUUCUCGGCUAUCUUUCUGACCCGAGUGAAGACAUUCAGGAUCCAGUGAGUGAUAAAUUCUUCAAGGAGGUGUGGGUUUCAACAGCAGCUCGAAAUGCUACAAUUUAUGAUAAGGUGUUCCGGUGCCUUCCCAAUGAUGAAGUACACAAUUUAAUUCAGCUGAGAGACUUUAUAAGCAAGCCCAUAUUAGCAAAGGAGGAUCCCAUUAGAGCUGAGGAAGAACUGAAAAAGAUCCGUGGGUUCUUGGUGCAAUUCCCCUUUUAUUUCUUGUCUGAAGAAAACCUACUGCCUUCUGUUGGAACCAAGGAAGCCAUGGUGCCCAUGGAGGUUUGGACUUAAGCGUUAUCCUUGUUUGCAGCUCAGAGACUUCCACUCUGAAGAGUACACGUCACAUUCUGACUUUCUGGAGACCUAACAGACAAAGCCAGACCCACAGCACACAUCCACCGCUUGGACUGCAACACUUUGGGUUGACUUGGAAGGGCUACACUCAUACUGAUGUAAGAAUGAUGAACAUCGGCAUGGCCUUAUAAUUCCUCGUGCCUCUCCUUGUGAAAAAGGGACUGCGUUCUUAGGUAGCAUAUACCCAACAGCGUCAACACAUAUUUCAAUUCCGUGAUGUAUAUCAAAGUGCAUUUUCUUUGCUAACAAGAAUUUAUCUGUAACUGAUCUACGUUGCCAAAAGUUGUCUGAACCUCCUUAAUCUCCUCUGACCCUCACACAUGCAGCUGUUGUUUGCUAGACCUGUCUUCAUCUUGUAAUCCAUACAGGCUCUGUUUUACAGAGUUUUUAUUGCUAGAAGAUGUGAUGCUGCUCUGAGAUUCUUGAAGGUUCCAUGGGAUGCUCUGCCCAUCUGGUCCUGGAGUCAUGGUGUGCACCCAACCAAGGAUGUGGUCCUUCUUCCUUUCCAGUGACUGAAAGGGAGGACAGACCUUAAUCUAUACAGCAACCCAUGUUAGGUACUUUUGAUAAUAUUGACAGUAUGUAUCUUGACACGACAGAGCAACAGGAAGGAAUUAAAUUUGGUUAUUACAGCAGAGAUUUCACUUUACCUCCAAAGCCACUGACAAGAUGUGUUCUUAUGAUAGGGCCCAUCAGAUCAGAUUUGAAAACAUGUGUAGGAUAUUUGAUUACACAGCAACCCAUAAAACUCGAAGACAGAGCAUACAGCCUUCAGAAAUCACCAACAUGUUGGUGGGAAUCAGAUUCAGAUAAGGAAAGAACAUUUCUUAUAGUCCUGUAAAAUUUCCUGCCAUCCUUAGCUGCUGGACUGAUUGAAAUUGGAGUUUCUACAUUUCAAAAUAAAACCAGCAAAUACAACUUGUCUUUCAAGAGAAUCAGGGGCUUCAUAACUCAUGCCAAGUGAAUGAGUAUGAGCCCAGCCUUAUUUGACAUUCAGCUCUCUAGCUAUGCUACCUUCUAGAAGAAAAAUUGAUUGUAAAAUACAUGUACCAUCUCUUGCAUUAUUAAAUAAGCAUUAACAUUCCACUAGAGUUCCAAAGAGGUUAGGAUUAUUUAUUAAUUCACACUAUCCUCAUCUGUGAAUUGUUCAGGAAAUCCAUUUCUCUUUUUUGGAUGUUAACAUACCCUUUGAUAUCCCAUAGCUCUAGUUUUAUUAAGCAGAACCACUCUUACAACUUGAAGAACUAAUGUGGGUUCCCAACAGGCCAUAAAAUAUGGUAUAGAUGGGGCUUCCCUGGUGACUCAGACAGUAAAGAAUCUGCCUGCAAUGCAUGAGAUCUGGGUUCGAUGCCUGGGUCAGGAAGAUCCACUAGAGAAGGGAAUGGCAGCCCACUCCAGUGUUCUUGCCUGGAGAAUCCCAUGGACAGAGGAGCCUGGCAGACUAUAGUCCAUGGGGUCGCAAAGAGUAGGACUCGAUGGAGUGACUAACACUUUCACUUUCACGCUUACACUGGGUGCAAUAAUUACACCUUUAUGGGUUACCCGGACAGAAUCUUGUCCAAAGAAGUGAGAACCCAUGCCUGUUUCAUAGAGCUGAUAGUCCAGUGGAAAAGAUUAAAUAGGAACAUAAAGCCAGUGAAACAGCAUAAAGUCAGUUAGCAGGAAAGAGACAGUGUUACAUACCCACAAGAGAGUUUUACAAAUGAGGUGAGACUGUGUAACCAACAAUGGAAAUUAAUAUGUUUUUAUGGUGGCCAGAGAUGAAAAUAUUGCUUCAUUCUAUAGCAAUCAUAAAUAAGAUGUUUGCUAUUUAUGAAGUUUAGAUUGGCAUUUAAAGUGUUGAGUGUAUGUGGAAUACCUAAGAAUUUCUUAUAUUUUCUUUUUAAAUGUUCUUUUAAUUGUAGAAGAGUCAAAAGACCGGCUCUUGAAAGAGCCCUUUCUCUUUAAAAAAAAAAAAAGCACGUAAUACAACCUCUUCCCAUUUCAUAGCUGAGGAAACUGUUAGUUGAUGGACCCUUGUUAGUUAUGGACUAACAACCUUGUUAUUUGAUGGACUCACUGACGUUCACCCAUUAGGACUAAUGACAUUGCUGCAAUCCACUACUGCCUCUCCUUUCACUCAUCACUGCCCCACAAUGAGGAGAUGCAAUAAAUAGAUUACAGAGAGGAUGUCUCUAAGCUAUUUUGAACCCUGUGAUCUUAUAGACUUAUGCGCUUGUCCGUCUCCCUCAACUAGAAUGGAAGCUCCAUGGGGCAGGGACUUUCCUGUGUUUUGUUCAUAAUGUUAUCUCCAGAGCUUGAAACAGAGCCUGGUUCAUAGGAAGUGCUCAGUACAUGUUUGUUGGAUGAAUAAAGGAGAUGGAGGAGAGAACUAAUGAAAUGAAAACCUUAUAGAGUCUCAGACAAGAAAUCUUCCUGCUAUUGCUAAAGAAACUGUUAGCAAGGUUCUUUUCUACUCAAUCUUCUCAAAGGCAAGAUGUUUAUAUGCAAAGAGAGGGGCUACAAGAUUUAUUUGGGUAGAUUUUAUGGGAAAUUCAGGGCCACAAUUUCUUGCUUUGCAGUGGCAGUUUACAUAGCGCACCUUUCUGUAAAAAUUGCAUGGGCUGUGGACACAAGAUGCAUGACCUAAUUACCCAUCAUUCUCUGACACCAUUACUACCUACUAGAAGUUCAAAUACUUUAACAUUGCAGUGUCUGAUAUAAACUUUAAAAUGCAAGGGAUUUAGCAUCUUGAAAAACUAUUAUGAAUCUGUACAUUUUAAAUUGACUAUAAUCUUUUGAAAUUACAAAAGAUAAUUACAGCCUUUAAGUGCUAUACCUGAGAUUCUGAUAAUCCGUGUGAUAAUUUUUGCUUUCAAGAAGGGGAAAAAAAAUCUGUGAUUAUAAGAAGUGAAGGGUAGAAAGUGGUCAUGGCCUAUUAAAGCUAUUCAUGUUGACCAAACUUAGUCAUUGGAGGACACUCAGCACAGCAGGUCCAGCGCAGGCGUGUGCUCUGGAGCAAGUGGCCACUUGGUGACUCACCCUCCAAUGGGACUGUCUUCUUUUUCAGCUGUAAAGCAUCACAGAAGGGCUUGGAGAGCUGGUCAUUAAAUAAUUGAGUGACAUAUUAUAAAACAAAACAUUGAUUUUAAUAGCAUCUUUGGGAAAAAAUUUUAUCUCUAGGUAAUCAAAAAUGUAAGCAGUUAAUCUCUUACGUAAUAACGGGAAAAUGUAAUAUAUUGUGAAUUAACAGUCUUCCAGAUGAAAACAGCAAGCCAGGAAAACUUUUUUUAGCAGAUGUAAGAUAAAGAAGUGCAGGGUCUUCAUAAUGUAUAUAAAACCUGUUCUGCCUGUUAUCUUACAUCUUAACAGAGGUAAUGGUUCUUUUUAACAUUUCUGAUCUGAUGUGGCACGUGAGCAUUCUCAGAUGCCUGUCACCCUCUGGAGAGGAGCUAAAGAGGACUCUUCAUGUCUUCUCAUCCCUCUCUAUUCUCUUGUUAUGAAAUGAGCAAAUGUUAUAGGAUUUUCAGUGUGCUUAGGAAUACAAUUUUAUUCCCUUGGAAGAUCCUCUGAGGUCAAUUAAUACUGGCAAUUUGGAGGUUUAAAAUGAGUUUUACUAGGCAUCAGUUCAGUUCAGUCACAGAGUUGUGUCCGACUCUUUGGAACCCCAUGGACUGCAGCAUGCCAGGCCUCCCUGCCCAUCACCAACUCCCAGAGUUUGCCCAAAUUAAUGUCCAUUGAGUCUGUGAUGCCAUCCAACCAUCUCAUCCUGUCGUCCUUUUCUCCUCCUGCCCUCAAUCUUUCCCAGCAUCAGGGUCUUUUCAAAUGAGUCAGUUCUUCGCAUCAAGUGGCCAAAUUACCAGGCAUAGGCCUUGAGAAAUUCUUGAAUCUAGAAAUUCACUGGAAAAGGAAUUCACCAUCUAUCAAAACGUUGCAGGUGAAGAAUCAAUGGAUUUGUCUUAUGUUUAUGGGAGGCAGAUACCAUCAUAAAUGCCUAAUGGCAUUUAAUUCACAUGUGAUAUAUUACUAGGUUUGACUUCAGAUUAGGAUUCAUUGAAGGAACCAAAAAUGCUGUGACUGAAUUUAUUAUAGGUUAUCUUAUUUUUUCCUUUAUAUCAGUUUUAAAUUUUAACUUAAAAACAAAAAGUUAAUCUAAAAUAAAUGAAAAUUUGUCACACUAAUCAUUUUAAACUUUUACGUUUUAAAGUCAGAGACUGGGAUAGCUGUCCAACCAAAAUGUAGGCUUAAAUACUCUUUCCUAUCUCCAGCAACUCAAUUGUUCACUUUAUUCUAGAUACGUGCACUUAAGUGAAUGUUGUCCUACUUCUGCUCAACACUGGGAAAUAUAACAUCAUGUUCUCCUAAGGUAUAUUCCACUUGGAUUCAUCACAUAAAAUGGUCUGGGUCAAAACUACUGAUACUCUUCCUCAAUCAUUCUAAAAAUUCAUACUAGAGUAUUGUAGUUGGAGCACAUGUCUCUGACACAAAAACCAAAUACAUAUUGAUGAACAUUCACCCAUUCAGAACAUUCAGGUAUUCUGGACAGAACUCAGGCACCUAGCCUCACCCUUAUGAUGGGCUUUGGCAAACUAAGACUGGGCCUCCUGUGUUUGUAAAUAAAGUUUUCCUUGAUUGCAGCCAUGUCCAUUUGUUUACAUGCCCCAUGACCAAAUGAUCUGCAAAUCCAAACUACUUGCUAUCCUUAAGAAAUGUUUACUGAUCCUUCUCCCGAGAGCAGAGAAUGUCCAGUUAGAAUACCUCAACCAAACAGAUUUGAGUGAGUUUUAUUCUCUUCCAUGAACAAGGUUUUCAACUCUUCCCUAUCCCAGAGCCAGCAUUCUAUAAUAGAAUAAUGGUAACAAGGUCAAGUUCUUUCAGGAAUGAAAAGUCAUAUGAGUUUUGGUUCUGAAAGAGUUAUUGUCAACUCAUGCAAUCUCCUCCCAGCUGAGCACUCAAUAUGAAGCACUGUUGAUAAUGUUUUUUAACUAAAGUGUUCAAUGAGGAUGGGUAGACCUAACGGUUUGUAUUCAGAAUGAGAAUUGUGAACUCAAGAAACUCAGUCUCCCUGGAUUUUCCUUCUGUGAAGCCCUGGAAAUGACACAUGUAUCCAUUCUCUGCCUCACAGUCAGUGCUUUCAAUGCCGACUCCCUUAACUGACUUUUAAAAUGUAAAUAUUCAUUAAUUAAGCAAUUAAAAGUGUGAAAUCA